AUGCUCAUAGCCGGUUCCUCUUUAUUGGAAUUGUUGUCUCCCGAUAUCCGCUCCUUACAAAAGAAAGGAUACAAAACGCUUUUGGUGUAUCGAUCUGCUCCGCCCAAAAAAGAUCCAAAACUGGUCACUUCUGCUGAGUGGCGCUGGAAAAGCUUACUGAAAGGUGUCUCUGAUGGUAAACUGGAGGCAAAAAGAAAGAUUCUCCAGGAAAAGCGCAGUGAAAGGGCUUUUACUUGCACGUUAUGCCACUCUGCUUGGCGAAGCGUUGAAGCAUUCACAACUCAUCUCCAGGGUUUAGACCAUGAAGUAAAAAUACAAUGGGAGAAGUUGAAAGAGAAGUUGAAAGAGAGGGACCAAUUAGCAUCUCAAGGCGAACAUGAACAAGGGAAUGUAUUGGAGGCAAAGUUUUAA